CAUAGAAACUUGUAAAUGAAGACAUGAUACUUAAAACAAAUAAAUAAACAACAUUUUAACAUCAAAAGGAAAUACAAAUGAUAAUUGAUCUGACCAUCUGGUUUGCUUAUUGACAAAUUUAUUGUUUCACCUGUAUUGUUAGUUUCAAUAGUUUCAAGGACAAUGGUAGGAAGAAAAUAUCGUAUUUCGUUGCAAAAAGGAAUUCAAUGGCAAUCGAGUUUGGUGAAUUUCGGUUGAACUACGGAAAAGUUAUCCGAGUUCAAAGAAAAAGAAACCAGAUUUACGUCCCUCAUCCCCACUAGAUGGUGCGACGUUAUCUAGCUCUCUCUGCUGUAAGUGCAUGUCCGGGCUAGUACAGAUUUAAACGAAUUUAAACGAAUCAUUUCUUUUCGCCAACCUAUCAGAAGUUACGCUCAACGCCUUCCUCUCGUCACAUCGGAAAUUUUCAACAUUUAUGUAACUAUUUCAAAUAUAUGUUUUUUUUAGACGUAUAAAGCAACUGAACGACGUUAUAUUUGAAACACGGUUCCCUCAGUCCAGUGAGUAUUCAAACAGCGUUGUAUCAACUGAUCAAUAUGGAGCACGCACGCUUUUUACUUUCAGACGAGGAGGAUACGGAAAGAAUUUCAUAUGAUGACGAAUCAUCUGAAGAUGAAUAUGAUAUCUGUGAAACAAGAGAGGAAGACACAGAUACAGAACAGGAAGAAGAGCUUGAUGCAAAACAAAACAAAAAUGCUUCAACUUCUGAACAAGGUGAGAGCACAUUUUAUAUAGGGCGUGAUUCUAAGACUCGCUGGAAUAAAUUUCCAAUAACGCAACUAAGAAAAAAAAAGCGGCAUAACAUAGCAAUGCAUCUUCCUGGACCCAUAGGUGAUGCCACUAAAGUAACAUCCAUUAUGGAUUGUUGGAAUUUAUUUAUAGGAAAGGAUAUUUUAGAAAUGUUAGUAAAAUUUACAAACGAACAAAUAAAAAAAAUACAACCAAAUUAUGGAAGAGAAAGAGAUGCAAACCUAACCGAUUUAAUUGAAAUAAAAGCACUUAUCGGAAUUUUAUACGUAGCAGGUUGCAAAAAACUAAAUCGCUGCAAUCCCGAUGAAUUGUGGACAGCGGAUGGAACUGGCCUUGAAAUUGCUAGAACCAUAAUGAGUGACAAAAGAUUUAAAUUUUUACUACACAGUUUACGAUUUGAUGAUAAAAAUUCAAGAAAGGAGCGCAUUAAAACUGACAAGUUGGCUGCAGUGAGGGAUAUGGUGGACAUAUUUGUAAAUUCUUGCCAGCAAAAUUAUUCUAUGUCGGAAUACUGUACGAUAGAUGAAAAACUAGAAGGAUUUAGGGGGCGAUGCGGAUUUCGACAACAUAUGCCGAAGAAACCUAACAGACAUGGCAUUAAAAUUUAUAUACUAGUGGACGCACGAAUGUAUUACACUUAUAAUUUAGAAAUCUACUGUGGAAAACAACCAGAGGGCGAGUAUUCUGUUUCAAAUUCACCAGAUCAAAUUGUAAAACGAUUAGUAAAACCUAUAGCAAAGUCAUGGAGGAAUCUGACAGUUGAUAAUUGGUUUACCAGUUGUAGCUUAGUCUCAGAUUUGUUACAGGACAGAAUUACAAUGGUAGGAACAAUAAGAAAAAACAAACGAGAACUUCCUCUUCGAUUUACAGAUGUAAGGAGUAGAAAAGUCUAUAGUAGCCUAUUCGGAUUUUCAAAAGAUUUCACCCUAGUCUCUUAUGUACCGAAAAAAAACAAGAAUGUCUUGCUUUUGUCCUCUUUUCAUCGUAAUGACACUAUUGACGAUACUACAGGUAGUCGUAAAAAACCUGAAAUACUUACGUUUUAUAAUUUGACCAAAGGAGGAGUAGAUAUAUUAGAUCAGUUAACUUCAAAUUAUAACGUUCAAAGAAACACAAAAAGAUGGACAAUGGUUAUUUUUUAUUGUCUUUUAAAUAUUGCUGGUGUUAAUGCACACAUUAUACACCACAGUAAUAAGAAUACAACAAAUGAUAUAAGCAGGAAAGGUUUCUUAAAGCAGUUAGGACUGGAACUAAUGUUCGAACAGAUUGAGAGAAGAAAACAUAUGUGCUGCCUUCCAAAAGAUAUAAGAGAAAGCGCCAAAAGGAUAUGUCCAUCACCCAGCUCACCUAAAACUUCAGUAGAAACAGAGAAUAAAAGAAAAAGAUGUGCAGAUUGUGGAAGGGCAAAAAAUCGAUAUACAAAGUAUAAAUGUAAGAAAUGUGAAAAAUUUUUAUGUUUGUCACAUAUAACACCUAUGUGCAAAAACUGCAUUGAAGAGAACAGAAUUUCUAUUUAGUUUUCUUCAAUGCAGGUCCUGCGUUGAAAAUAUUGCUACAGAUUGUACAGUACUUUUCAUGUUAUCUAUAUAUUUUAAUGAGCGACUCCAAUUUACCAAAGUUAUCCGUUAAAUGUGAACUAAUUUUAUUUUAUUAUUAUUUUAAAAUAAUCAAACAUUUUAGUAUUUCCAGCAACAAAGUAUUUAAUAAAAAAUAUAAUAACGUUUUCAACUAACGUUUUCAACUAUUUUUAGUGGCUUAACUGAAGAAUACUAUUAAAAAUAGUCAAAAACGUUAUAUUUUUUAUUAAAUACUUUGUUGCUGGAAAUACUAAGGUGUUUGAUUAUUUUAAGACAUUUAUAUUUCAGUAAGUUAUUUUAUUAUUAUUUUAUUUUUGCUUUUUAGUUUAGUUUAGUUUAAUUUCUUUAUUACACUUUAUUAUAUGUACUUUUCAUCAUAUUUUUUUCUUUUAUGAACAACAAAUGACUUAUAAUCUUUCAUUUGUGACAUAUUACUGCUCAAACUGCUCGUGAUACAAUAAGAAUAUAAUAGAACCCUUUUAGUAUCAAUAUUAGCAGAAUUAGCAUGCCCAAAAUAUAUAAGUUAAAAUACACUUAUAAAAUUUUGUUGUAAUAAGCAUUUUAAUUUUAGUUAAUAUUGACUUUAAGUAAAAUAGGCAAAUUUAAGCCAGCUUUUUACAGAGUCUGAAUAUAUGGCUAAUAACAUGCAAUUAUCACUUUUCAUUACUUUUUAACCAUGCUCUAAAUGAUAAAUGUUAAAUGUUUUAAUCUAAUUUCUUGCAAUAAGUUACAAAGUAGCUUAAAUUACUGAGAUUUCUUUACUUCAAUUAUGUCCUGCCUAUAUUAAAGAGAUAAUGCAAAAAAUAUUAAAAUAAAAUAUAGCAGACAAACAAUUCUACUACUAUCAGUAUUAAUGAUAAUAAUAAUAAGCUGUAAUUAUUAAAUCUUCAGGUUAUACAUUUUCUUUGUUUUAACAUAUAUUGCAUUUGUAAUUUUCAAGCAAAAAUAAAUCUUAUA